UAACAAAUAGAAAAAAUAGGGAGCAUUCAACCCUAGUUCCACUGCCAGUGCUAGUGAAAAUUUGUAUCGGAUCAUCUCACAGUAAAUUCAAUCCCAAAAAUGAGAAGCAGCUUAGGGAAAUUCUCAUUUCCUGUGAUUGGCGGCUGUGUUGGCGCCACCACCACCUCUCCCUCCUUCAUUUCCUCCGCUUUCUCCACCUCAUCGGCUGGCGGCGGAGGCGGCGGCAGAGGCCGGGGAGGCUCCAGCAUAUUCCAGUUUACCGACGACGGCAUCGGAAGUCCCGAACCUGAGAACUCCAAAGAUGAAUCCCCAACAAACCCAUCUCUAUCGGGGCAAGGCCAUGGCCGUGGCAGAGGUAAACUUAUCCCUUCCUCGCCUAUUCUCCCUUCAUUCUCUUCCUUUGUGAACAAUGAUGCCGUCUCUCGUGGCCGCGGCCGCGGCCGCGGCUAUGGGCCCACAAACACCUCCCCACCUCCGCCGCAGCCCCAAGAACCUGAACGCACUCAACAACAGUCUGCAGUGAAACCCAGUGAUGGAAAACCCUUCUCGUUCAUCAGAGGUGACGCCCACGAUGAUGAAACAUCAGCUGUAUCCACUAGGUCCGGAAACGCACAAGAGAGAAGUCUUCCAUCCGACAUUAUUGAUGUUUUAUCUGGGGCGGGCCGUGGGAAACCCAUGAAACCGCCCGUGGUUUCUACUCAGAAGUCCAUUGCAGAAAAUCGGCAUCUUCGUCCUCGACAGCAGUCCAAACCUCGUGGGGUUAAUGCUGAGGAUGGGGCAAACUAUAAGAGCUCUCCACGGGAUAAAUUGAGCACAGAGGAGAAAGUGAAGCAGGCAGUGGGCAUAUUGUCAAGGGGAGAGGAGGGUGGUGGUGCAAGAGGGAGAGGCGGGUUCAGGGGCGGUAGAGGCUGGCGUGGGAGUCGAGGAAGAGGAAGAUUUGGUGGAAGAGGUGGCAGAGGACAAGAUAGAUAUCAGGAUUCUGAUGACGAGCCUGGGGGGCUUUACCUCGGUGACCCUGCUGAAGGAGAGAAGUUAGCUCAGAAGCUUGGCCCCGAAAUCAUGAAUAAAUUGGUCGAAGGAUUUGAGGAAAUGUCUAGCAGGGUGUUGCCUUCCCCUGUGGAUGAUGCUUAUUUGGAUGCACUUCACACUAACUUAAUGAUUGAAUGUGAACCAGAAUACCUGAUGGAAGAGUUUGGCACAAAUCCGGAUAUUGAUGAGAAACCUCCAAUUUCUCUUAGGGAUGCCCUUGAGAAAAUGAAACCAUUCCUCAUGACAUACGAAGGGAUUCAGAAUCAAGAAGAGUGGGAGGAAGCCAUUGCGGAAACCAUGAAAAAUGUUCCUCUUAUGGAAAAAAUUGUAGACUACUAUAGUGGACCUGAUCGAGUUACUGCUAAGCAACAGCAACAAGAGCUAGAAAGGGUUGCCAAGACUAUCCCAGAAAAUACACCUGCUUCUGUAAAGAAUUUUGUCAAUCGUGCCGUCCUUUCUCUGCAGAGCAACCCAGGUUGGGGAUUCGACAAGAAAUGCCAAUUUAUGGAUAAGCUUGUAUUGGAGGUUUCCCAGCCUUCUAAAUAAGCAUGGUAUUCUUGGUUUCUAAAACAGAUUCUAUCUUAAAGAUGUGAUUUACGUUUCUCAUCAUGCAAGAUCAGCAGGAGGAUUUUCAUGUAGUCGGUCUAGAAAAGAUGAGUUCUAUUCCUUUCCCCUGAGAUAUAUUUCAUAAUUCUAUGGGCAUCAGCAAAAUGAAAUCUCGAGCAACUUAAAGCUUGUGAUAAUUUUCGUUCCAAGAAGACAAGUUUGAACCCUUUUCCCCUCAGAAGUAUUUCAAAGGUGAAUGAUAUCUGUAGCAACUUAAAGCUUGCAAUAACUUUCCUUCACAUUGUUCUUUUUCAAGAUUGCUACGAUUCUUUAUAUGUGCAAACAAGAAGCUGGAGAGAUCUUUUCCAUUCAUGAAUAAAUUCCAUUACAGCCAUGGCCAUUGUGAUAACAAAGUGUAUUAUCUAAACAAAUUUUAGAAAUAUUUGUAUGGUGGAUCGUGUGAUCAUAGUGCU